AUGGCGACAACUUUGGCGAGAUCUGGUUUUCUUCGCAACGUCCUACGACGAGGAGGCUCCGGCAGCUCCCCCGCUCCCAAACGAACCUUUUCUUCCUCUGCUCAUCACGAUGAUGCAUACGAAACCGCCAAAUGGGAGAAGAUCACAUAUCUAGGCAUUGUUUCAUGCACCGCUUUAGCCGCCUAUAUUCUCUCAAAGGGUCACCACCACUAUGAUGCACCUCCUGCAUACCCAUAUUUGCAUAUCCGCAAUAAGGAAUUCCCAUGGGGUCCUGAUGGGCUAUUUGAACUCAAGGAAGAGGACCACUAG